AUGAAGGUCAACCGAGGUCGCAUCAUCGAAAUGCCUCUCGAUAUGUGUCCACUCUGUGGUGGAACAAGUCACAGCAACAAUUGUUUUGGGGCUCUGGCAGUCCUCUGGGUGCUUAGGGUGCCCUCGGCUCACCACUCCUUUCAGCACCCCGUCGGCCGCAGCGCCAUUGCCACGCUGCGUGAUGUGUUCGAGCUCAACAAUCACGCCCUCAACCCUCUUGUAGUCUUGUCCGGUGUCUACCACGAGAGCCGGGUGGCUCAGCUAUGGGCCGCCCACUGUCUUGUCAUGUCAGACAACAUCCAGUGGAUCAAUGCCUGCGGUCUCAAGGUAUCCGUGCCUCCUGGAAAACCCUGA